AUGAUCUUUUCUUCUCAUUUCAUAAAUCUUCUUUUGGGUUUGUUCUUAGUCAUUUUAGCCUCUUUUGGGUGGUCUUGGUUCCGGUACAGCGUAGAGCGGAGGAGAAGCCGGCAAAUCAGGGGACGAUUGCUUCACGUAAUAACGGCUUCAAAAGUCAACCAACCGCAGAUGGAUGGGGAAAAGAAGACUGGAUCAGAGAACGAGCCACAAGACAUGGAUCACGAUCAAGGACACCAUGACUCCAGAAUCACUUCAACUUUGGUCAGCGAUUUAAAUAAAGUUCUGAGCGAUGUUGUGUCCAUGUCAAAAACGAUGGAAAGACUGGGUGAUCGUGUUGUAUAUCUGGAUGAGGAGUUGCCAAAAUUUAUAGAAACACAACAUCUUCCGUCUAUUAUUCCAAAAAAUCUAAUCGAACAACGGUUACUUAUAAAACCUUUUAAUGAUGAACAAGUAGAUGUGGUCUGCAAAUUUCUGCUAGAUGGAGAGGCUUCCAAAUGGUGGAAACGUAUCCAAGAUAUAAGCAUGCAAGUUGAUAAAAAAAGUCCAAUUAAUUGGCCUAAGAUGAAGAGGCUACUUAUGGCUAAAUUUCUUUUUCCUUAUUGUUAA